UGGUCCUUGAGCAUGGUAGAACUUGGAUACUAUUAUUGCUUUCAUUAACUGUUUGCUUCCUGUUUUUGAUGACCGCAUUUUAAAGAAUUUCCUCAAUUAAGAAGGAGUUGUUAAUGGAUAACAACUGGCUGACGGGUUUAAAUAUAAGUCUGAAAGCUUCUAAGCCAUAAGACACUUCAACACUUCUUCAUGGAAACACAAAUCUCUCACACCUAUUAAAAGAAGCAGACCAUGUCAAGAAUGGGGACACUUUUCCUGAUUAUCUUCCUUGGUGUGUCAGGAUUCACAGUUAUGGCGCUACCUCAAGCUAGAAAUUUAGCAUUGUAUGGAAAGGCCACCCAGUCAGACUUGAAUGGAAACCCCUGGGCUGGGCACAGUCUUGCCCAAAAUGCCAUAGAUGGAAAUCGUGACUCACAUUUUCAUCAUGGAUCUUGCACUCAUACUGGUGCACAGACUAAACCCUGGUGGAGGGUUGAUCUACUGAGGCAGUACACUAUUACUUCAGUGGCCAUCACCAACAGAGGAGACUACGCCCCUGAGGGAAUCAACGGAGCUGAGAUUCACAUUGGCAGCUCCCUGCUGGACAAUGGCAAUCACAAUCCACUGGCAGGGGUUAUAUCCUCUAUCCCAGCUGGGAGAACCCUCACCUUCAGCUGGGAUAAAGGGGUGGAGGGCCGCUAUGUUAAUGUUAUUGUGCCGGGAAACAACAAGUAUUUGGCACUUUGUGAGGUGGAGGUGUAUGGCUAUCCAGCACCAAAUGGUGAGAAUGUGGCUUUAAGAGGGAAAGCAACUCAGUCAGACCUUUGGGGAAAUAGUUUUGCAUACAAUGCCAUUGAUGGGAAUCGUGACGGCAUAUAUGCCCAUGGUUCCUGUAGCAUCACAGAAGCUCAUCUCAACCCUUGGUGGAGAGUGGAUUUGCUCCAAAGAUAUAAAGUCUUCUCUGUGAUAAUCACCAACAGGAAGGAUGCUCUUCCCAGUAGACUGAAUGGAGCUGAAAUCCGAAUUGGAAAUUCUUUGAACAACAAUGGCAUCAACAACCCCAGGUGUGCCGUAAUCUCCUCUAUUCAUGCUGGGUUUUCCAAGACCUUUGAGUGUAAUGGGAUGGAGGGACGCUAUGUUACCGUGGUGAUUCCUGGACGUGCAGAGUACCUGACGCUCUGUGAGGUGGAGGUAUAUGGAUCACCGCUGGACUAAAGCCCAGGGAAACAGCACAGGAGGAGACAAGCCAUCGGUACACCAAUAUUCUUGUAUUUGUUUAUUUUGGCAUCACAUUUUAUAUCUCUCCGUCAUAUGAAAUUCCUCAGCAAUGUUUGGGUGUCUGAUUAACAAAGUGAAGGUUAUGCCUAUCUCUCUGUGUGUCUCUCUCUCUCCUACCUGUAAGUACAUAGUCUAAGUGUAAUGAUUUCCAUUUCUCCAGGGAGUGCUGGAUAUUUCAUAUUGAAUUAUUGGGCUCUGUUGUGUGAUGAAUCAAAGCCAAUUAAAGAAUGAAAUGCA